AUGGCGCCCGAUUCGAAACGCACCAGAACGCGGUCAACGCACCCAAACAUUACACCGUUGAAAUCUUGUGUUCAAACUGUGUUCUCGGAAGUGUACAGUGCGGCGGUAAGUUUCGAAUCGCGCGCACAGGCUCCGGGCGGCAAGCGCAAGCGUUGUGUGUGUUCGCGGCGGCACUUACUUGGCGAGGGGUACGUUAUCGCGGUCAGCGUACGCGUCAUACAAAUACUCGCUGCAACAGACAACACACGCACGUUUCAGGGACGGGGCGUCUCGAAAGGGGGCGCCCCACCGCCUCUGUUGGGGGCGUCCCAUUGCCUCGGAAGGCGACGCCCCACAGCCUCGAAAGGGAGCGCCCACAGCCUCGAAAGGGGGCGCCCCACAACCUCGGAAGGGGGCGCCGGCUCACCCCCAUACAGGACGGUGUCACCCCCACGCACUAACACACCCGUGUUCACCCGAAAACAUCCCAAUCACUUCGGAGACAAC